AUGACAAGAAAAGCAAAAAUCUAAAAACCUUAUCAGUUAUAUCCACCUCAUGUAUAUUUCUCCUAUCUCUUUGGAUUUCAUUUCCACACAUCAGCACUCAAAACACACUGUAAUAACCCCAUACUUCUCUACACUUUUGUAAAAUCUCCGAUCAAAUCACCACCGCAUUUCAACCAAGAUUCCGGCGGCGAAACAUGGCGGCCGCAGCUGCCACAGCAGUAGCUUCUUCAUUCUCCAGUACUCUUCAUUCUAUACGUUCUAAAACAUGGCCUAAUUAUAACUCUGAUCAUCUCCUCAAAGUUCCAUCCACUAGAACACCAAAUAUUGCAUUAAUUUCAUCAGCAGCAACAGCAUCAGUUCAUUUAUUUGGAAGUGAAGUGACAUCAGUUGCUAAGAAGUGGAGGGUGGUGCCGAGGUUGGCGGCUGCGGUGGCGCAAGAGGAGGCCGAGGCGGUGACGGUGGAGGAGGAAGAGGCCGAGGCGGUGGCGGUUGAAGAGGAAGUGGUGGUGGAGGAAAAAGGAGGAGAGGGUUCUGAAGAGAGUAGUAGUGAAGGUGAAGGUGUAAAUACUAAGCUUUAUUUUGGGAAUUUGCCGUAUCUUUGUGAUAGUGCACAACUUGCUGGGAUUGUUCAAGAUUAUGCUACUCCUGAGCUUGUUGAGGUUCUUUAUGAUAGGGAAACAGGUAAAAGCAGAGGAUUUGCAUUUGUGACAAUGAGUUCUCUUGAAGAUUGCAAAACAGUAAUCGAAAAUCUAGACGGAAGAGAGUAUGGUGGAAGAACCUUAAGGGUGAAUUUCUCAGACAAGCCUAAACCAAAAGAACCACUUUACCCAGAAACUGAACACAAACUCUUUGUUGGUAAUUUGGCCUGGUCAGUCACAUCUGAAAGUUUGGUACAAGCAUUUCAAGAAUAUGGAACUGUUGUUGGAGCUAGGGUACUAUAUGAUGGUGAGACUGGGAGAUCUCGUGGCUAUGGUUUUGUGAGCUAUGAGAAUAGAGAACAAUUGGAGAAUGCCCUUCAAAAUCUUAAUGGAGUGGAACUGGAUGGAAGGGCAAUGCGCAUUAGCUUAGUCGGGACGUACUUCGUGGGCCAGUAUUAUCAGAUGUUACAGACCCAACCCGAUUUUGUUCACCAGUUUUACAGUGAUGCUAGUACCGUGCUUCGAAUUGAUUCCAGCACCAGGGAGACUGCUUCAGGGAUGCUGCAAAUCCACACCCUCGUCAUGUCGCUCCAUUAUACUGGGAUAGAGAUUAAAACACUGCAUUCCUUGGAAUCAUGGAAUGGUGGUGUCCUAGUGAUGGUUUCAGGUUCUGUCCACGUGAAAGGUAUCAACAGGAGUAGGAAGUUCGUACAAACAUUUUUCCUUGCACCCCAGGAAAAGGGAUACUUUGUCCUCAAUGAUAUCUUUCACUAUGUUGAUGAGGAACAAGUUCUUCAGCAUCCGGUGCCCUAUCUAGGGCAGACUAGCCUCGAUUCCAAGCUGAAUGUCUCCACUACAAUUCAAGAGCAAGUACCCAACUACAUGCUUGGUGGAGAAAUCCAGGCAAGGGAGUUUGCUGCUCCUCCUAAAAUUCAAGAUAAUGGGCCUGUCAAUAACUACAGUUUUCCGGACGAACGGCUACAACAUGUCCCUGAAGCCGAGAAGAUCCUUGAAGAUAAUUUUGCAGCACAGUCAAACGGCUCAUUACAAAGUACAAUUAAUGCAGUACAAGAACAUUUAUCCAGUCCUAUUGAGGAACCAGUUGCAGAGCCCCAAAAGCACACUUAUGCUUCUAUUUUACAGGUUACUAAAGGGCAGUCUGCACAAGGAGGACCAGCCCAGUUUUCUUUCAACAAACCUACACCCCCUCCUUCAGAGUGGCAACAUGUGCCAGAGCCUCCUGCUCUGUCAUCGGUUCCAUUGACUAAUGCUAUUGAGAGGUCUAUAACAGAGGCAACAGAAGAGGCUUCAGCUGUGGAAGAUGAAGUUGAAGUCAAGUCUGUAUAUGUCAAAAAUGUGCCUACAACGAUGGCAGCUUAUGAAAUCGAGGAGGAAUUCAAAAAGUUUGGUAAACUAAAACCUGAUGCUGUUGCCAUUAGAACGCGAAAGGACAUUGAUGUGUGCUAUGCAUUUGUCGAAUUUGAAGAUGUAACUGGUGUUCAGAAUGCAAUUGAGGCAUCUACUGUUCAGAUUGGUGGACACCAGUUGUACAUUGAAGGGAGGAGACCAAACAGAAACAACUUAAUUCGAGGAAGAGGAAGGGGUAGAGGCAGAGUUAGCUACUCCAUGGACGGGAGGGGACGCUAUGGCAGCCGUGGGUUUGGCAGAGCUGGUCAAGAUGGAGGUGACCGUGACUACGGAAGAUCAAGAGGAAAUGGUUACUAUAGACAAGCUCCUCGGCAAGAAAGAGCUUACACUGGCAAUCAGCAAAGCUUGAGAAAUGAGCAGUACUCAUGGGAAUAAGCAAGUUGAAUUUUUGAAGGACAAUACCUUCCUUCCAUACAAGCCAUUUUGCGAUCUGCUUAUUCAUCUUCUAAGUUAUCCAAAAAAAAUUAGUAUACUUUGAGAAGCAUCAAAAUUUAGAUUUGUUGGAAGGAAUCAUCCCAAAUACAUAUAUUUUUUGGCAGAAAUAGCAAGUGUUUUUUUAACUUACAUGAACUGACUUACCGAAAAGGAGUUUCAAUGCAGUUUUGGCCUGCUACUGGAUGUUUUGCACAA